UAUCACCAACAUGGAGAACAAACAUGAUAAUACAACCUUAUUUUUUCUCUCUUUAUGUCAUGGAAUCUUAACGAGGAAUGUUAGAGCAAAGGGUUUGUUGUCAUUCUUGUUUUUCUUCAAGUUUGUGUUUAGCUAUGUCGCUCAAAAAUGGAAGACAUUGAUGAAUAGUAGAGCUGAGUCAAGUUGUGAAGGUGUGAAGCAGGGCUUGGACUACAUUGAGAGAGGGCUUAGAGUGUGCAAAGAGGACGUGGUUUUGGUGAUGGAAAAACUAGGAAUGAUUGUUGAAUGUGAAUGUGAUGGGAUUGAGGAAUGUGCUGUUGAAGAAAUUGAGGAAUUGUUUGAUGAAGAUGUUACCUUGUCGGAGGUAGAAGCAGCCUUUGACGUGUUUGACCAAAACAAAGAUGGGUUUAUAGAAGCAAGAGAGUUGCAGAGGGUGUUGUCCUCUUUGGGGUUAGUCAGAGAUUUGAUGGAGUGUCAGAAAAUGAUCAAUGCAGUUGAUAAAAAUGGUGAUCAACUCGUUGAUAGAAGUGAGUUUGCCAGAAUUAUGGAACAGAGUUUUGGGUGAAAGUUUUUCACUUUUUAUGAAUC